CCACCGGAUCCUCCCGCCCGGCGCCGCCGCCGCCGCCUCUGGGCCCGCGCCGGCCUCGGCCCCCCCCGGACCCCCCCCCCCCCCGGGCCCCCCCCGGGCCCCCGCGAUGUGGCUCUUCUCCCGGGACCCGGUGCGGGACUUCCCCUUCGAGCUGGGCCCGCCCGACCCGGCUCCGGACCCGGCCUCGGCCCGGCGGCGGACGCGGACCCGGCCCCGCUCUGGCGGCUGCUGCGGGGGCGGCGAAAGGCGGACGGGGGCGCCGGUGUCAGUCUUCGCCCACAGCCUGGGGGCGGGGGACGCGGCUGCCACCCCCCUGGCCCGGGCGGCCCUGCGGCGCCUGCGCAGCCUGCGGCACCCCAGCGUCCUGGGAUACCUCGACAGCCUGGAGACGGAGCAGUGCCUGUACCUGGUGACGGAGGCGGUGACGCCACUGCGCCGGCACCUGCAGCUGCGGCCCCCGACGGGAGACCUGGGGGAGCAGGAGGUGGCCUGGGGGCUGCACCAGCUCCUGACGGCGCUGUCCUUCCUGGGGGGCUCGGGGCUGGUGCACCACGCGCUGGGGCUGGACGCCAUCUUCGUCGACCCGGGGGGCGACUGGAAGCUGGGGGGCCUGGAGCGGGUGGCGGCCGCCAGCGAGGGGGUCCCCCCCCGCCCCCCCGGCGUGCCCCCCCGGCCCCAGGACCCCCCCGAGCUCAGCGACCCCUCACGAGGACAGGGUGAGCCCUGGGCGGGGGACAUGUGGCGCCUGGGCUGCCUCGUCUGGGAGGUCUUCAACGGGCCCCUUCCCCGGCCCACGGCCCUGCGCAGCUUCGGCAAGCUGCCGGCGGGGCUGGUCCCCCCCUUCUGCGAGCUGGUGGCCGCGGAGCCGUCGGCGCGGCCGGGGCCGGGGCAGCUCCUGCAGCGGCUGCAGCGCCCGGGGGCCUUCCUCGCCUGCCCCCUCGUCCACACCGGCCUCUUCCUCGAGCAGCUCCAGGUCCGGGAUGCCUCGGAGCGCCGGACCUUCCUGCAGGAGCUGAGCGGCCGCCUGGACGCCCUCCCCGGCCCCUUCCGCCGCCACAAGCUGCUGCCCCGGCUGCUGGCGGCCCUCGAGUUCGGCAGCGCCGACGCCAGCGCCCUGCCCCCCCUCCUCAAGGUGGCGAAGGUGCUGGACCCCCCCGAGUACCAGGAGCGCAUCGUCCCGGUCAUCGUCCGCCUCUUCUCCUCCCCUGACCGGGCGCUGCGCAUGCAGCUACUGCAGCAGCUGGAGGACUACGUGGAGUUCCUGCCCGAGGCGACAGUGGACGCCCAGAUCUUCCCCCACGUCGCCCACGGGUUCCUCGACACCAACCCCGCCAUCCGCGAGCAGACCGUCAAGUCGAUGGUGCUGCUGGCACCCAAGCUGGGGGAGGCCCGGCGGGGGCGGGAGCUGCCGCGGCUGCUGCUGCGGGUGCAGGCGGGCGACGCGCUGGGACCCCUGCGCUGCAACGCCACCCUCUGCCUGGGGCGCCUGGGCCCCCUCCUGCCCCCCCAGACCCGGCAGCGGGUGCUGGCCCCCGCCCUGGCGCGGGCGACGCGGGACCCCUUCGCCCCGGCGCGGGCGGCCGCCGUCGCCGCCUUCGCCGCCACCCAUGGGUGCUACUCGCCGCAGGAGUGCGCCGGCAGGGUGCUGCCCGCCCUCUGCGGGCUCACCACCGACCCCCACCCCGGCGUGCGGCAGCAGGCUUUCAGGGCGAUCCGCAGCUUCCUGGAUCAGCUGGAGGCGGCCGCUGAAGCUGGGGGGGCCCCAGAGGAGGACCCUCCCAGUGCAGCUGCUGCCCCUGGGGGUCCAGGGGGUGGGUCGGGGGGGCUGGGGGCUGCCGUGUCCUGGGCCGUCACUGGUGUCACCUCCCUGACGGCGCGGCUGAUGGGGGCUGAGGCCGGGGCCCCCCCACAGACCCCCCCGCAGACCCCUGCCGAGGGCCCCCCGGCCCCCCCAAGAGAGCCCCCCCCCGAGGAGCCCCCCGUGGAGGAUCCUGAUGGCUGGGACGAUGACUGGGGCAGCCUGGAGGACAUGGAGCUGCCCCGGAGCCCCCCUGUGAGCAGCAAGGAGGAUGGGGGGGCCCCCCCACAGACCUCCGGACCCCCGCCAGACCCCCCCCCCACUGCCCCUCCCUCAGCCGGGGGGGAUGAGGAAGGGGAGGGGGAGUGGGGGGUGGGGGGGGAGUGGGGCACGGAGGACGCCUGGGAGGCACUGCCGUGCCAGCAUGGCCCCCCACCGGGCUCAGGGCAGCGGCACCAGCAGCGGCGCCAGGAGCUGGAGGCCAAACGCCGGGGGGGUCCGCGGGGCCCCCCCAAACCGGGCCCCCCCAAACUGGGGACCCGGAAAACUCGACUGAGGGGGGAGGGGCAAUAAACCCUCGGACGCGG